GUUAAAACCCAAACUUUUGAGUCCAUCCCAUUUCCUGCACGAGGUUCCUGAGGGACGGCCAACUAAACGGGCAUGGGAAACUUCUCCCCACUUUUUCCGAUGACAUCGAUGCUUUUUAAAGAAGGGAAACGCAAAGCGACCGGAGCUGCGGAUCGCGGCAGCAGGGAGCGGAGUGAGGCGUUAAAAGUACACUGAGUCCUGAGACCUGCGCACCAACGAGGAGACAAGGCCCGCUUCACGAGAGGGAAAGGAGCAGAGGAUGUCCAGAGCUGACUGGUCCUACCUGGAGCACCUGCUCGAGGAGGGCCAGGAGUAUUCGACAGGCAUUGGCCGUGUCUGGCUUACCGUGCUCUUCCUGUUUCGCAUGCUCGUACUGGGAACAGCCGCUGAAUCGGCCUGGGAUGACGAGCAAGCAGACUUUGUCUGCAACACGCGGCAACCCGGCUGCACUGCUGUGUGCUACGACAAAGCCUUCCCCAUCUCCCACUUUCGCUACUUUGUCCUCCAAGUCAUCUUCGUCUCCACGCCGACCAUCUUCUACUUUGGAUAUGUAGCUGUAAUGGCUGGCAAGGACAAGGAAAAAGAGGAGGAGGAGGCAGAGAAAUGUGCUGGCGGAGGUAAAAGGGGAGGGAGAGCAAUAGAAAAGGACAAUGCACAAGAGAAAGAGAAACAAGGGGGCGUUGGGAAAGGUCGACGAGCUGAGAAGGUCCCACCUGACGCUCCUAAACUGAAAGGGAGGUUGCUGUGUGCGUAUACAUUCAGCAUCCUGUCCAAAGUCCUCCUGGAGGUUGGCUUCAUCCUAGGGCUGUGGUUCCUUUACGAUGGCUUCUUCAUCGCAGCGAAGUUUGAGUGCACAUGGUCCCCUUGUCCUCACACCGUGGACUGCUUUGUCUCUCGACCCACGGAGAAGACGAUCUUCACCAUCUACACUCAGGUGAUCGCUGCCAUCUCCCUGCUCCUCAACCUCGCCGAGCUCCUUCAGCUUGCCGUCUCCCAUCGGCUGCAGAAAUACUAUCGUACCCAGCAUCACGACUACUUACCUCGGUCAGAGCAGGCCCCGGCUGGAGAGGAGGCUCGCAAACUUCAGACGGAUUCGUCCAAGUCUUACAAAGCAGGGGGCCAUGUCAGCCCCCCCAUGCUGGACGAGGCUACGUGCUUCCCAAACCCCUGUGAGAGCUACGGGAAUCUGGCCAUUGAGGUGAACUGGGGACCCGGGGAGGCGGGGAGUGACCUGCUUCCCAGUUACGUGAACUGCAUGGGGGCCAUGAAGACGCCGCGUUCCCAGAGAGUCCAUUAUAAGGCGCACGCACAGCACACUGUGAAGAACACUAGAAGUGCCCAUAAAGCACACUCAAAGCAGAAGCAUUAUGUAUGAUGCGGUCAGAUGUGGCGAAUCGUUGCUCAUGACCAUAAAAGCUGCAGGCGUUUUUUUAUCCGGGGGUCUUCCAGAUUUUAUUUUAAUCAAUAUUAUCCUGCACAUGACCCUCGACCAUCAGUAGUGCGCAAUGAGAGCUCAAACAAGGGAGAAAAGAAGAACAACUAUUGCACUGUGAACUCGAUUGCCUCAAAGGCAAGGAGAAAACCAGAGAUUCACCAGAUAAAUGGACCUCUUUGAAUUGAACCAUUUUGAGAACACUCCCCAGGCAAAGCAAAUGAGACUACACAAUGACCAAAGAAUACAGUCAUAAGAUGCCUUCAUAGCAGUGGAAAAGAAGAGUGCAGUGGGGGGUCUGCGGUGGGCCUCGGGAUACUUUGUGAGUAUGGGAGGGGCAUGCAGUAGAGACAUAUUUAAGCAUAUUCCCCUGAGAUUUGCACUGUAACCGCUUGAGUUCUUUGACCCCUCCCCCCCUUCACUUUCUCCCAUGGCUCCAUCCACACUGGAAUGUACUGGUCUUUGGAUCCUGCUCUGCUCCCAGGAGCAUAAUGGCUGUGUGGACGCAGACAUGCAUGCAUGCACACACACGAUGUGCCUUCCCCUUUCACCCAGUAAGUUUUGGUCACUCGAGUUGGGGACUGGGGAAGACAUGGCUGAAGAGAAGGAGAGCCAAACCAGGGGAAUUCUGGGAUUGUAGAUGACUAAUCAUUGCCGCUAACCAUAGUCAUUUAGCAAUGAGGAACGAGGGAGGGAGAGAGAGGACCACCGCAUACUAGUUCACGAGAGCUCAAUAAUGGAGGACUGAUAUGCCUCAAGUCUGAAAAUGAAACUUUUCCCGAGAGCUUGAGAGAGAACUCAAAAGAUGGAUUUGUGAAUGCGCACUGGAUGGACUGAAAGUGGUACAGAAAUGUGCGAACCUAAUUAAAUGAAAUGACUAAUUAUGUGAAAACUGUAUUUAAUGUUUAAUGUAUUAUGAAGAAAUACCUGUGUUAAUAUUUAUUUUUUUGUGGAAAAUAAAGGUUUAAAGUAUAAGUG